AUGUUGCGCUUUCACCCGCGAUUCGCCUUCGUCGCUCCAUGCAAUAUCAUGUCACAACCCCGCCCUCCUCGUCACCCCCUUUCCUUCCCCCUCUCCCCAAACCCCCCCUCUUCUCCUUUCCUCCUCCCCAUCACCUUCCCUCUUAGCAUGCCGAUGGCACAUGGGGGAGGCGAGCUGCGACACAUGGUUGGUGGAGGCGAGCUGCGACACAUGGUUGGUGGAGGCGAGCUGCGACACAUGGUUGGUGGAGGCGAGCUGCGACACAUGGUUGGUGGAGGCGAGCUGCGACACAUGGUUGGUGGAGGCGAGCUGCGACACAUGGUUGGUGGAGGCGAGCUGCGACACAUGGUUGGUGGAGGCGAGCUGCGACACAUGGUUGGUGGAGGCGAGCUGCGACACAUGGUUGGUGGAGGCGAGCUGCGACACAUGGUUGGUGGAGGCGAGCUGCGACACAUGGUUGGUGGAGGCGAGCUGCGACACAUGGUUGGUGGAGGCGAGCUGCGACACAUGGUUGGUGGAGGCGAGCUGCGACACAUGGUUGGUGGAGGCGAGCUGCGACACAUGGUUGGUGGAGGCGAGCUGCGACACAUGGUUGGUGGAGGCGAGCUGCGACACAUGGUUGGUGGAGGCGAGCUGCGACACAUGGUUGGUGGAGGCGAGCUGCGACACAUGGUUGGUGGAGGCGAGCUGCGACACAUGGUUGGUGGAGGCGAGCUGCGACACAUGGUUGGUGGAGGCGAGCUGCGACACAUGGUUGGUGGAGGCGAGCUGCGACACAUGGUUGGUGGAGGCGAGCUGCGACACAUGGUUGGUGGAGGCGAGCUGCGACACAUGGUUGGUGGAGGCGAGCUGCGACACAUGGUUGGUGGAGGCGAGCUGCGACACAUGGUUGGUGGAGGCGAGCUGCGACACAUGGUUGGUGGAGGCGAGCUGCGACACAUGGUUGGUGGAGGCGAGCUGCGACACAUGGUUGGUGGAGGCGAGCUGCGACACAUGGUUGGUGGAGGCGAGCUGCGACACAUGGUUGGUGGAGGCGAGCUGCGACACAUGGUUGGUGGAGGCGAGCUGCGACACAUGGUUGGUGGAGGCGAGCUGCGACACAUGGCUGGUGGAGGCGAGCUGCGACACAUGGCUGUUGGAGGCGAGCUGCGACACAUGGCUGGUGGAGGCGAGCUGCGACACAUGGGUGGUGGAGGCGAGCUGCGACACAUGGCUGGUGGAAGCCAGCUGCGACACAUGGGUGGUGGAGGCGAGCUGCGACACAUGGCUGGUGGAGGCGAGCUGCGACACAUGGGUGGUGGAGGCGAGCUGCGACACAUGGUUGGUGGAGGCGAGCUGCGACACAUGGUUGGUGGAGGCGAGCUGCGACACAUGGUUGGUGGAGGCGAGCUGCGACACAUGGUUGGUGGAGGCGAGCUGCGACACAUGGUUGGUGGAGGCGAGCUGCGACACAUGGUUGGUGGAGGCGAGCUGCGACACAUGGUUGGUGGAGGCGACCUGCGACACAUGGUUGGCGAGCUGCGACACAUGGUUGGUGGAGGCGAGCUGCGACACAUGGUUGGUGGAGGCGAGCUGCGACACAUGGUUGGUGGAGGCGAGCUGCGACACAUGGCUGGUGGAGGCGAGCUGCGACACAUGGUUGGUGGAGGCGAGCUGCGACACAUGGCUGGUGGAGGCGAGCUGCGACACAUGGUUAGUGGAGGCGAGCUGCGACACAUGGCUGGUGGAGGCGAGCUGCGACACAUGGUUGGUGGAGGCGAGCUGCGACACAUGGUUGGUGGAGGCGAGCUGCGACACAUGGCUGGUGGAGGCGAGCUGCGACACAUGGCUGGUGGAGGCGAGCUGCGACACAUGGCUGUUGGAGGCGAGCUGGGACACAUGGCUGGUGGAGGCGAGCUACGACACAUGGCUGGUGGAGGCGAGCUGCGACACAUGGCUGGUGGAGGCGAGCUGCGACACAUGGCUGGUGGAGGCGAGCCGCGACAAAUGGUUGGUGGAGGCGAGCUGCGACACAUGGUUGGUGGAGGCGAGCCGCGACAAAUGGCUGGUGGAGGCGAGCUGCGACACAUGGUUGGUGGAGGCGAGCCGCGACACAUGGUUGGUGGAGGCGAGCCGCGACACAUGGUUGGUGGAGGCGAGCUGCGACACAUGGUUGGUGGAGGCGAGCUGCGACACAUGGUUGGUGGAGGCAAGCUGCGACACAUGGUUGGUGGAGGCGAGCUGCGACACAUGGUUGGUGGAGGCGAGCUGCGACACAUGGUUGGUGGAGGCGAGUUGCGACACAUGGUUGGUGGAGGCGAGCUGCGACACAUGGUUGGUGGAGGCGAGAUGCGACACAUGGUUGGUGGAGGCGAGAUGCGACACAUGUUUGGUGGAGGCGAGCUGCGACACAUGGUUGGUGGAGGCGAGCUGCGACACAUGGUUGGUGGAGGCGAGCUGCGACACAUGGUUGGUGGAGGCGAGAUGCGACACAUGUUUGGUGGAGGCGAGAUGCGACACAUGUUUGGUGGAGGCAAGCUGCGACACAUGGUUGGUGGAGGCGAGCUGCGACACAUGGUUGGUGGAGGCGAGCUGCGUGGUGGAAGGAAGGGACGAGAAGAGAACGGGCAGGUGGCACGUGGCUCUGCCUGCUGCCACCACCGCUGCCUCUGCUGCUACUGCCCAUCCUGGUGCACUUUCGCUUGCAGUGUUGCAGCUGGAGGGAGCGCAGAAAGCCAUGGGAAGGAUGGAUACUCCCCUCACAUAACGGCACGAACGGAAGGAGCGCACUGGAAGUAA